AUGCUAAAAUUGGUGUCAGACAAAAUAUUUACUAUAUCAAAAGCAGCCAGCACAAAAACUCAAAUAACAGAAACGCAAAAACGAACGCCAAACCAAAUUAUCACGAGGAGUAGAUAUCUAUUGCAGUCUUUAAAAGCGUCAUUUGUAUUCAUUAUCGAGUCGUCGUCGUCGUUGCACGAUAAUAGUUCAUUAAUUGAAAAGGACAAUAAAACUAAUAGUUGUAUUGCUAGGAAUAACAACAAAUAUUGGUGGGAUUACACUAACAAAGAUCAAUUAACAUCUCCGGAUACGGAACCAGUAGUAGACGCAGAACAACGAGAAAUAAAUACCGCCUACGUUGACAAUAUUAACAAAAUCAUCAAACUACAAGAUGACCCACUUCCAUACAUUCAAAGACUAGAAACCUCAAUUUCAAAAAAAGAUGCAACAGAAAUCGCCAACGCAUAUAUCGCACUCUUAAAUGCCGGGAAAUUAAAACAUCUCACACGACAAAAUUAUCGUGACGCAAUGGCAAUCCUGAAGAAAUCAACAAAUCCCUAUCACUUGACUAUGCUUCACCAAAUGUUUUACGACAUGGAAACCGUAGGAUUAACACCUCGAAAUUUUGAAUACAAUCAAUUAAUCUACGCGACUGGAGUUGUGCAUUCACAACCCGACAAAUCUAUGGAAAUUUACCAACAAAUGCUCGACCAAGGAAUCCAAUUGACGGAUCGUACAUUUAAUAAUUUAAUUAAUGCAUACAAGAGAAAUUUGGACGCUGAGGGAGCGUUGAGAGUUUAUAAAGAGAUGCGAGAGAAAGGUGUGCAUCCGGAUAUCGUGACGUAUAAUUCGUUGAUUGAUUUGUUUGCAAAGAUGAAAAAGAUGAAUAAGGGGAGAGAAAUGUAUCAAGAAAUGAUGGAAAUUGGUGUUAUGCCUGAUAUGAUGACAUUUUCUACUUUGUUAAGUGGAUAUGUUGAUGCCGGAGAUAUGGAAAAUGCUCAGUCAAUUUACGAACUAAUAAUGACGAGGAGCAAUGGCGAAUCAAAAAAUUUGGAUUAUAUUACGCUAAACACGAUAAUCAAAUAUUUUGCCGCGAAAGGAGAAACGGAGAAAGCAUCGAAUAUAUAUAAAGAUAUGUUGAAAUCGUCUACUUCAUUAUCGCCAAAUAAUGAUUCUACAUCGAUAACAACAUCCAGAAUAUCUUCAUCAAAUGCACCCAAUAUAUAUACAUACAACACAUUGAUCGACCAUCACCUAAAAAACCAUCAAUUCUCUGAUGCAACGAACAUUUUCAAACAAAUGAUUGAACAAGGAGUGAAACCAAACCCGGUGACAUAUUCCACAUAUAUUGAAGCAUUGCUGAACGCUGGUGAUUUCAAGGAAGCGACAUUCUUACUAUCAGAUUACAAUGAAGUAAAUGACGACAUGAGCACAAAUGCCCCUAAUAAACUUAAAAAUUUACAUACAUCAAUCAAUCUAUUGAAUCAAAUGCGUGGAUAUGGACACAAACCAGACACGUACUUGUACAAUACAAUGCUGAAUGCACAAUUCGAGUUAGCCGAUUACCAAGGAGCUCUAGAAACGUACCGAAAAAUGGUACAGGACAAUGUAAAGUUAAACGAUUUCACUUAUGUUACGCUGAUAAAAAUUUCGAAUCAACUUGGGAAUCAUACAGAAGCUUUAAAGUUUUACUCGGCGUUGGUUUCAUAUUUACGAAGACAACAGUUCGAAGGAGGAGAAUCAUAUCUAAGUACAAAGCAAUACAAUCAAAUCUUGGCCUCGUUUGCGAGAUCAUUACGAAUGACAGAAGCGCAACGAGUCUUUAAUGAUUUAAUACGACAACGUGAUAGAGGAGCAGAAGACACUGCAUCACCCGAUUCACUAAGCUACAGUAUUUUAUUAACUGGUUUCGGAUAUAUAAAUGAUCGCGAAUCAAUACGAAGAAUACAUAAUAUUUUAAAUAUGGACUGGCGACUUACACCAACCAUACAACUAUACAAUGCACUAAUGAAUGCAUACAACGUCGUAGGCGAUGGUUCACAAGUAUUCAAAAUAUGGGACGCAUUGUGGCUUAGCAAUCAAAUUAUUGACGUCGCAUCUAUCUCAAUAAUACUGGACAAUUGUGCAUACAAUGAUUAUAUGUGGCGUAUACGUGGUAUUUGGCGGGACUUAAAAUUUCACAAAUUCCCAUUAAACACAAACAAUUACAAUUCGUUUAUUGAGGCUUUGGCACGACAUUCAUUUUUUGAUGAGGCAAUUGAUGUCUUAACUGUAGAGAUGGCACAAGAUAAUAUCAAGCCAAAUGCGAAAUCGAUACGCACUAUUCUAUCGAUGUUGCAUAGUCGACAGAGAUCGACAGAGGAGUAUUAUGUUAUUUCCUGGGUGAGAGAAAAAUUUCCAGAGUUGGCUCGUGAGUUGAAACUUUUCAAAGAAGAUAAUGAUGAAGAAACGAUAGAGAAGAAUACGAAAAAAUAA